UCGGGACCAUUUACGCUUGCGGUCCUUCUCUCCGUCGUCGGUUGUUUGCUCCGUGGAUUCAGAACGCACACCCAUCGCGAAAAACUGGAGAUGGGGACUGUAGCUCUCAGUUCCGGAAACCUAACUGCUUCCGAUCGUCAAAUUCUGAGGACCGUCAAUGCAGGAGCAUCUUCUCUGUCAUUCCUAGGUUCCAGCUUCAUUGUCCUCUGCUACCUCCUUUUCAGAGACCUUCGAAAGUUCUCCUUCAAGCUCGUCUUCUACCUCGCAAUCUCGGAUAUGCUGUGCAGCUUCUUCAGCAUAGUUGGAGAUCCCUCGACAGGAUUCUUCUGCUACGCUCAGGGCUAUAGCACCCAUUUCUUCUGCAUCGCAUCUUUCCUCUGGACUACCACCAUUGCUUUCACCCUGCAUCGCACUGUUGUCAGGCACAAAACUGAUGUUGAAGACAUGGAGGCCAUGUUUCAUUUGUACGUUUGGGGUACCUCGUUGGUUAUGACUGUCAUACGCUCCAUGGGUAAUGAUCAUAGACACUUAGGCGGCGCAUGGUGUUCAUCACAAACUGGAAGAUCAAAAAAGGCGUAUCAUUUCAUAACAUUUUAUGUCCCCCUUUGGGGUGCCAUUCUUUACAACGGGUUUACAUAUUUCCAAGUCAUCCGGAUGCUGAACAAUGCAACUCGUAUGGCAGAGGGCAUGUCAGACCGUGCAUCUGAUGGAAGACCGGACAUGAAGGCUCUGAAUAGGUGGGGAUACUAUCCGCUUAUCCUAAUAGGCUCAUGGACGUUUGGCACGUUAAAUGUCAUCCACGAUCUUAUCGAACCAGGCCAUAAAAUCUUUUGGCUCUCGGUGCUUCAUGUGGGUACGGCUGCCCUUAUGGGGCUCUUCAACUCGAUAGCAUAUGGCCUUAAUUCAUCGGUGCGGCGGGCAAUAUCUGAAAGAUUGGAUCUGUUCUGCCCUGAGCGGCUACAAAGGUGGUUGCCUGCUAACAGUGCAAAAUCGAGGAGUACGGGGCAAGAAAGCGAGCUCGUGUCUUUGAAAGUACAAGAUGAGCAUUAGCAAGAAGGGUAGCCAACAAGUUGUGUAUGCAAGUGAUCCUUAUAGCCGCAUAUGCAUCACCGUCAUUAUUUGAUUCAUGUCAUUGUGUCUUCGAAAACCAAGGGGCUAAGUGUUUAUGUUUUGUUAGAUGAGGGUCGAGCGGAAACGGAGUUUCGAGCUGAUGAAGCAGUCCCUUGGAGCUGUAUGAAACUGAAAGGAGGUUGAUGUUAGGCUUUCAUAUUCUAACCUGAGCUGGAAUAUGGAGCUAGUUGGGGUUUGGAUGGGGGAUCAUAGUUUUUUCAUUUGUGUUGUACU